AUGGAAUUUGCGAUGCUACAAGAUUUGUUCGGCCUGGCUAUACAAAUCGUUGCGAACUUACCUAUGUCUGACAUCGUGCGCGCUGCACGAGUCUCCCGUUUCUGGCGUGACAUAUGUGAAGACGAUCGGAUGUGGCGGCUGAAGUGUGAACGGGAGGGGCUUGAACCGCUUCCCGUGCCAAGUGAGCGUAUUGCUGGAGCUUGGGAACAAACAGCCAUGGGUAACGGUGUGACUAUAGUAGAUCAUUAUAAAGGAGCUGAACUGGAACAACAUCGAAAGGCUAGGGAACAGAGCUAUGGGAGUGUUUAUUCGCGAUCUCUUUGGAAAGCUACAUAUCUGAGACGAUGUAGAAUAGCAGCUAAUUGGCGGCGACUACCAAUAGGUGGAAGUAUGGUGUUGAGAGGACAUGAAGAGCAUGUGAUCACAUGCCUACAGAUACAAGGAGAUAUGUUAGUUACUGGGUCGGACGACAAUACUCUGAGAGUGUGGAGUAUCGAACAAGGCAAGCUGCUCUUUACGCUUGUGGGGCAUUCUGGUGGAGUUUGGACAUCCCAAUUAUCGGCUGAUGGAAAGUACAUUAUAAGUGGGUCGACCGACCGAACUGUGAAGGUGUGGUCAGCGAAGGAUGGUUCUCUAAUUCAUACACUUCAUGGGCACACUAGUACCGUACGAUGUAUGAGUCUAUGCCGAAACAUAUUAGUUUCCGGGUCGCGCGACACAACCGUCAGAGCGUGGAAUAUUGAAACUGGUAGGUGUGAGCAAUAUUUAACUGGGCACGUAGCGGCAGUGCGUUGUGUACAGUUAGAUCUCGAUGGGGGACGUGUAAUUUCCGGAGCGUACGACUUUACGAUAAAG